AUGGACAAAGUUGAGCGUGAAAGCAAAAAGCCACGUAUCACAGGUGGGUCUAGUGGUGCUCCAUCUGGGGGCAACAGUGGUUUUUAUCGUGGGCAGUCCAGAUCUACUCCGUCAGAAUUAGUGGCGGAUGGGGCCUGUUUUACUUGUGGUGAAAAGGGGAAUAUUGCUAAAUACUGUCCUAAAGGAAAUUCUGGUGCUAGUCGAGCUACUACACAGUCGCAGGGAACUACUACAGCUACACAGGCGGAGAAUGUUACUAUUGAUAGUGUCCCUAUUGUUCGCAAAUUUGCGGAUGUUUUUCCUGAAGAUUUACCCGGCCUACCCCCGAUGAGAGAAAUCGAGUUCAGCAUUGAUUUAGUUCCAGGGACUCAACCUAUCUCUAUUCCUCCAUAUCGUAUGGCUCCAGCUGAGUUGAGAGAACUGAAGCUGCAGGGUGCUACUCAUUUUUCCAAAAUCGACUUGAGAUCAGGUUAUCAUCAGUUGAGAAUCAAGACUGAGGACAUCUCCGAGAUAACUUUUCGGACAAGAUAUGGGCACUUCAAAUUUUUGGUGAUGUCAUUCGGGCUGACUAAUGCCCCCACAGCAUUUAUGGACCUCAUGAACAGUGUAUUCAAGCCAUACACAGACCAUUUUGUGAUUGUGUUCAUUAAUGAUAUUUUGGUCUACUCUCGGAGUGAGGCUGAGCAUGGACAACACUUGAGAAUUGUGCUACAGACACUUAAGGAACGAAAGCUUUAUGCCAAGUUCUCAAAAUGUGAGUUCUGGUUGAGCACAGUUUCCUUUUUAGGACACGUAGUGUCUCGAGAUGGGAUUCAAGUUGAUCCAAAGAAAAUUGAAGCAAUUCGAGAUUGGCCUCAACCCACUACUCCCACAGAGAUACACAGUUUCAUGGGACUAGCUGGAUAUUACAGAAGGUUUGUGGAGGGUUUCUUGAAGAUAGCUGCUCCAUUGACACGUUUAGCUCAAAAAGGUGUGCUAAAGAAACAUGAGAAGAAUUAUCCAACUCAUGACUUAGAAUUGGCCUCAGUAGUAUUUGCACUCAAGAUGCGCGUCACUAUCUUUAUGGUAAGCCGUGUGAAAUCUAUACUUGAUCACAAGAGUUUGCAAUACAUAUUCAAGCAAAGAGAUCUGGAUUUGAGACAGCGACGGUGGUUAGAGUUACUUAAAGAUUAUGAUCUUACUAUUUUGUAUCAUCCUAGUAAGGCGAAUGUGGUGGAAGACGCCUUGAGUAGAAAGUCUAUGGGCAGCUUGGCCCGAUUUACUGCUGAAGAACGACCUAUGGCUAAGGAUAUUCAGGAAUUAGCCAACCGCGGAGUUCGGAUUGAUCAUAUAGUACAGGGCAGGUUAUUUGCAGUUAUGGUGGCACAAUCGUCCUUAGUGGGGCAAGUCAAGGCUUGCCAAUAUGAAGAUCCCCGUCUUGCUAGACUGCGAGAUCGAGUGCAAAAUAGGGCGUUAAGUCAUUCUCUAUUGAUGGCGAAGGCGUGUUACGUUGUCAUGGUAGACUGUGUCAAAUAUGAACAUCAAAAACCCGGCGGAGUAAUGCAAAACUUGAUUAUCCUAGAGUGGAAGUGGGAAAGGAUUGCGAUGGAUUUCGUAGUUGGUUUGCCGAAUACUUUCAAGAAACAUGACUCAGUCUGGGUGAUUGUGGAUAGACUCACCAAAUCUGCUCAUUUUAUACCAGUUUGGGUUACUCAUACCGCAGAGCAGUUAGCAAAUAUUUACCUCCGUGAGAUAGUACGACUUCAUGGUGUGCCUAUUUCUAUAAUAUCUGAUCGAGGUGCACAAUUUACUGCUGAGUUUUGGAAGUCUUUUCAGAAGUCGUUGGGUUCACAGGUCGAGUUGAGUACAGCUUUUCAUCCACAAACUGAUGGACAAUCUGGGCGAGUUGUUCGAUUUUUAGAGGACAUGCUUAGAGCUUGCGCGAUUGAUUUUGGUGGUCAUUGA